AAAUAUUUUUUUUUUUUGUUUUGGCUUUUUUUUUUUGGGGUUUGUUUUCUGCCUGAGAGAAAAGCCCCCCCAGGCUCUUGGAUGCAAGCAUCCUAAAGUGGGGUUGCUGCUCCCCUCCCUGAGCCCCAGUGGUCCCGGCUGUGCUGAGGAUUUGCCGAGAAGAUGGGGAGGAAAAAGAUCCAGAUCCAGCGGAUCACGGACGAGCGCAACCGGCAGGUGACCUUCACCAAGCGUAAGUUUGGCCUGAUGAAGAAAGCCUACGAGCUGAGCGUGCUGUGCGACUGUGAGAUCGCCCUCAUCAUCUUCAACCACUCCAACAAGCUGUUCCAGUAUGCCAGCACCGACAUGGACAAGGUGCUGCUCAAGUACACCGAGUACAACGAGCCCCACGAGAGCCGGACCAACGCCGACAUCAUCGAGGAUGUGUUAAAUCAGACAUUCUGCAGGAUGCUGAAACGCAGGGGCAGCUGCCAGUCCUGCCUGUCCCCCUUGGCCUGCAGGAACCCGGCUCCCCUUUACCCCCUGCUCUCUGUUCAGUCCACAGUGCCCGCUCCGAACUUCGCCAUGCCCGUGACGGUGCCGGUGACCAACCAGAACUCGCUGCAGUUCAGCAACCCUGGCAGCUCUCUGGUCACCCAGUCCCUGGUGACCUCCUCGCUGACAGACCCCCGGCUCCUGUCCCCACAGCAGCCAGCCUUGCAGAGGAACACCGUGUCCCCAGGGCUGCCACAGAGGCCAGCCAGUGCAGGGGCGAUGCUUGGGGGAGACCUGAACAACACCAACGGAGCCUGCCCAAGCCCCGUGGGAAACGGCUACGUGAGUGCCAGGGCCUCUCCGGGGCUCCUGCCCGUGUCCAACGGCAGCAGCCUGGGCAAGAUCAUCCCGGCCAAGUCCCCUCCGCCCCCGGGGCACACGGGGGCGCAGCUGGCCCCCAACAGCCGCAAGCCCGACCUGCGAGUCAUCACCUCGCAGGGCAGCAAGGGGCUGAUGCACCACCUGCAAAACACACAGCGCUUGGGUGUCUCUCAAGCAACUCACUCUCUGACCACACCAGUCGUGUCCGUGGCCACUCCGAGCCUGCUGACACAGGGGCUGCCCUUCUCUGCCAUGCCCACAGCCUACAACACAGGUAAGACUUGGCCAGGACACAGGUGA